UUCUCACCCAAUUCCCAUCCUUUUCCCCUCACGAUCAUCAUCUCUAAUCUCACUCCUAUUCUUUCUCCCUCACUUUCUUUCCUACUUUCUCUCUCCUUCAAUUUCUUUUCCCGAAUCUCCCCUUCUCGAACAACCCAAAAAACAAAAAAAAAAAAACAAAAAAGAAAAUUUUAACCCAAGAAAAAAAUAAAAGAGAAGGGAAAGCAAGCUUGUUAAUUAGUUAAUAAGCCAUGGCCAAAGAACAAUUACAGGUUCUAAAUGCAUUAGAUGUAGCAAAAACACAAUGGUAUCAUUUUACAGCAAUCAUUAUAGCAGGAAUGGGCUUUUUCACAGAUGCAUACGACCUCUUCUGCAUAUCCUUGGUGACCAAAUUGCUUGGCCGCAUAUACUACCAUGUUGAUGGUGCGGAAAAGCCUGGAACAUUGCCCCCCAAUGUGUCAGCUGCUGUUAAUGGUGUAGCAUUCUGUGGAACAUUAUCUGGACAACUCUUCUUCGGUUGGCUUGGUGACAAGAUGGGUAGGAAAAGAGUUUAUGGUAUGACCCUUAUGCUCAUGGUCAUAUGCUCUGUAGCUUCAGGUCUCUCAUUCGGGCAUAACCCCAAAUCUGUCAUGACAACACUCUGCUUCUUCCGGUUCUGGCUUGGAUUUGGCAUUGGCGGUGACUAUCCACUCUCUGCCACCAUCAUGUCUGAAUAUGCUAAUAAGAAGACCCGGGGGGCUUUCAUUGCUGCAGUGUUUGCAAUGCAGGGCUUUGGAAUUUUAGCUGGUGGUAUAUUUGCAAUUAUUAUUUCUGCAGCGUUUAAGGCCAAGUUCGAUGUCCCACCUUACGAGGUUGAUCCAGUUGGUUCGACUGUACCACAAGCAGACUAUAUUUGGCGGAUUAUCCUUAUGGUAGGAGCAUUACCAGCUGCAAUGACUUACUACUGGCGGAUGAAGAUGCCCGAAACUGCACGUUACACUGCCCUUGUUGCCAAGAAUGCAAAACAAGCAGCAUCGGAUAUGUCAAAGGUUUUACAAGUUGAUAUUGAAGCAGAACCACAGAAGGUCGAGCAAUUGUCUCAGAAAGAAGCCAAUGCAUUUGGUUUAUUCUCUAGGGAGUUCAUGCGCCGCCAUGGGAUUCACUUACUUGGGACAACGACCACAUGGUUCUUGCUUGAUAUUGCAUUCUACAGUCAAAAUCUUUUCCAAAAGGAUAUCUUCACUGCAAUUGGAUGGAUUCCUUCUGCAAAGACUAUGAACGCUCUUGAGGAGGUGUACAGAAUCGCAAGGGCACAGACACUUAUUGCUUUAUGCAGUACUGUUCCUGGAUACUGGUUUACAGUGGCUUUUAUUGACAAGAUGGGAAGGUUUGCCAUCCAAUUAAUGGGUUUCUUCUUCAUGACAGUUUUCAUGUUUGCAUUAGCCAUUCCUUAUGAUCACUGGACACAUAGAGACAACCGAAUUGGCUUCGUGGUGAUGUACUCGUUGACGUUCUUCUUUGCGAACUUUGGACCUAAUGCCACAACAUUUGUUGUCCCGGCUGAGAUUUUCCCAGCUAGGCUAAGGUCUACUUGUCAUGGUAUCUCAGCAGCAUCAGGAAAGCUUGGGGCUAUAGUAGGUGCAUUCGGGUUCUUGUAUUUGGCUCAGAACAAAGACAAGGCAAAGGCAGAUGCAGGGUACCCUGCAGGAAUUGGGGUGAAGAAUUCCCUGAUAGUAUUGGGGGUGCUUAACUUUUUGGGAUUGUUGUUUACUUUCUUGGUGCCGGAAUCGAAAGGAAAGUCAUUGGAGGAGAUGUCAGGUGAGCAUGAAGAUGAGAGUCAAGCAGGUUUGGAGAUGGAACAACCAUCUGGUUUUAACACUAGGACAGUGCCAGUUUCUUAGGUUCAGUGUAAGCAGAGUAAGCUCGUGAGAUAACGUUGUAAACCCUGCAUUUCUAAGAGGGUAGCUUUAAUGUUCUCUUUUUAAAUUUUCUAUUACUAGUUUUUUUCCUUUUUUUUGGUGUUGUAGUGACUUGAUUAUCUGUUAUAUCCCACCAAUAUGCAAAAUAUUCCAAAAAUAUUCAGUAA